AUGCCUUUCGAAACAGUGUCACAAGUUGUCGAGGAGCAAGCACGAUUAGCCCUUCACUCUACAGAAAACGUGGAUUCCUUCCUCCGUCUUCCCACUGCCGAGCAAGUUGCACGCCUGAACACCUGGAGCGUGUUGAAGCUUCUCGGCUUGGCACUCUACUCCGUACAAAGAUGCACCAUGGCCGAAACCACCUUUGCGCGAAUGUGGUAUGAGACAUUGCGCCAGCUCGACGAUGUGGCGGAAAUCCGCCAAGCAAUGCGAGACACCGAUACUAUUCUUUCCGGCAGUCGCUGUGUGCGGUUCCUGUACUGCGACGUGCAUUUUGUUUGCGGAGAUUGGGAUUGGUACACGACUUCGAGUGGUGUCGAGGCGUCUUGCGCGUUUGUCACAAACAAGCUCAGGGGGAAGGAAGUUGCGCGGUUCGCAGGACAUUACACAGACGAUGAUAAUACACCGAAGUGCUACACGCAUUGCGCUCCCGAGCUCAUUAAACACGAAAGUUCAGCACUCCGCACGGCAAUUUCGAUGUUAUGUGCAGCAAAACAGUAUGGGUUUUGCCUCGCUUAUCCCACCGCAUUCUUCCAGCGCCUUAACAUGCAAACGCAUCGCGAUUUACAGCCUCACGAUUUACGAGCGAUUGCGAAAGCCUUUGUGACCAACACGCGCAAUCCUUCGGGGACAUAUUCUGCCUGGCAUAUGUUUUUGAGUACCAAGGCUGGUCUACCCAAUGUUGCCGCGCGGCUUUUCCGCGUUCUCAAGCGCUUCUGGGGUUCUCGUACACCCAUCGCGAUCUGCUGGACGUUCAAGUGCCCGGACAAUGUAAUGAUGCAGGGGGGAGCGUCGACCAAACGGUUGAAGGCCUACGCCGCUCUCUCAGUAUCGCAGAUCUGUUUGUUUAGUUAUCCGCUGAGUCCCGUUGAUCGUGAUCAUACAAGCAAUGCAAUCGUGUCCGCGAGCGCGAACUGCUGA